AUGAAGAGGAUAAUCCUAUUAUCCACUUUACUCUUUGUUUUAUUGUUAUCGGUUGCUGCCGUCAUUGGCCAACAAAGUCCUUGUUAUGCAGAUGCAUCUAGUUUACUUGACAAGUAUAAUGCUGGAGUAGCAUUUAAUAAACUUGUUGAUUCAACUACAAGUGCACUUGGAAGUGCAGUUGGAUUUUUAACUGGUGGAGCUGGUGGUGCCAUUGCUAGUGCUAUUGGAGGUAGAUUGGCCAAGAUGUAUGUCAAGGAAGACACGACCAAGUACUUGGCCAAGUAUGUCAAAGCAACGAUUACUUUUGCCAUCGAAUGCAAUGAAAUCACCGAUGCAAGAGAGUCACUUGAAAAGGCAGUCGACUCGUUCGAGGUUUAUCUCAAAUGUAUCGAGGCACCACUGGACGAAAUGCAAGGUCGUUGUACUGAAUACGAUAGAGCUCAGUUGGGAACUUCAUUCAAAAUCGCUCUUGCCGCAUACCGUAAAGAUUUCUUUUAUCAAGCUAGUGAUGAAGGUCGAUCGUUGAAUCUCAAGGUUGCCACGCUCCCAUUGUUUGUUCAAUACUCUAAUUUGUAUCUUGGAGUACUCCGUGAUAAUAUCGCCAAUGUCUAUAAUGUCAACUGGACCGAAACAUCCAUCUCGAUUAUGCGUAGUGAAUUGGCCGAAUAUGCUAGCGGUGCUGCCAUCUUUGCCAACGACGUCUACAAUCGUUAUGUAGCCACUAUUGACAAUUCCGAUGUUCUCCUGGCCGAUGACUACAAUCAGAUGGCCGAGUUUGUCAAUAUGAUGUCUCUGGGUGUUCACGAUCAAGUCUAUUAUUGGGCAUACCUCGAUCCAAUCACCUACCCAUACGGUGCGCCUCCCAGACCUACCAGAACCAUGUAUUCCCCACUCGUCGGUCAACUCCAAGGUUAUGAACACAAACUUUUACCCUCAGGAAUGAACUUUCCCAAUCCAUUAAAAUCCAAUGUUGCUCCAUGUACACGUCCAAUUAAUCCAAGUCAAAUCAAUGUAUAUGUUGAACACGAAUGGAAUUCUGGUAGUAGAGACUAUAUUGAUGGAGUUCCAGGUUUGAAAUUCACUUCGACUGCACCACCUAUUUCAGUUUUGACAGGGUAUGAUGAAUCCUCGUAUCCAGUUAAACUCGCUGGAACAGUCACUACCACAAGACCCGAUUAUAUCAAUGCUAUCACUACCGAGUAUGGUAACUAUAUUGAUCGUAUCGCAUUCAACACUACCAAGGGUGUCGUCAGUCCUGCUUUUGGAGACACUCAACAUGGUGGCAAUACCGUAACCAUUUCAUAUGGCAGUGGGUAUUACUUAUCUGGUGCUUGUAUCACUUCAGUGUUUUUGGGUCAGACUACUGCAGCUGCAUCGGCAAGUCAAACUGCCAGCUCGAUCAUCUACCUUUUCUCAUCGGUUCCAGUCAUCUCCAAACCAAUCAUUCCAGCCCUUGUCUAUCGUUACCACGACACUUCCUCUUUAAUGGGUAUGGGGUACCACUAUAGUACACAGAGUAACAUUCAAAUGGCCAAUUGGGUAAAUGAAGGUGCUGUGUAUGGUGCAUUCACCUACAACACGACCAACACUGCCACUGCUACCGUUCACCAAUACCAUACCCAAGGGUCCGAUGGAAAGUCGUCUUACCAAUACCAUAUUGGUGCUGCUGAAGGUCUUGACGCUUCCAUCUUCACCUAUGACUAUCCUGCAUUCAAUGUUUAUACCACUGCUGUUGCUGGUACUGCUCCCAUCUUCCGUCACGCUUCAUCGGUUGGUCAUUACCAAGUUUUAACAUCAGAGUCGUUUAUUCCAGGCUACAUUAACCUCGGUAUCGCUUGGUAUAGCAAUAUUACCACCAUCAAUGCCAAUACUCUUAUCGUCGGUCCACAAGAUAUUGCCUUUAAACAACUCAAAAACGUUGCCAACAACCUCUGUCUGUCUGCUAGUGCCACCACUGGUAAACCAUCGUUAAAGACAUGUGACUCAUCCAACGGUCUACAAGUAUGGAGAUUUGUACAAAACAAUUUCGGUCGUCCACUUACCAACACUCUCACCAAGUUGGUCCUCUCCAAGACAUACACCAAUACUGCUGCUCUCUCUGCCCCAGCCCAUGAUUUCUCAUUGGCUUCUAUUUUCUAUUACAAGGUACUUGGAACCAACCAAUUCAUGAUUCAAAACUCUGCAACUGGUCUUUGUCUUGCUUCACCAACCGAUGUCAACACCGAUCUCGUCUAUGUUGUCUGUAACAGUGCCGACACUAAACAUCUAUGGGGUGUCGCACCACAAGGUUACGCUACCUACACUGACAAGUCAAUAGGAUUUGUUCUUGGCGCUGUGAUGGAUGUCAAUGAGGUAUUUGGACCAUCUACCAUUUACUCUUCUGGUGCUACCAAUUACUUCCCAUUGGAUAUGCGUGGUAGUGGUAUUAGCUCUGGUUUAUUCAUCAAUAAGGGUAGUCUAAAGGUUGCACGUUCUGAUAUGGGAUGGGUAUGGAAUUCAAAUACCGACAUUCCAGUUACAAGUAGCACUCCUUACAAGGCUGCUAUUCAAGCCGAUGGUAAUCUGUGUGUCACUCUUGCUUCUGGUUCCGUUACUCCAACAUACUGUACCUACACUCAAGGUCUUGGUGGAACUAUGGUCAACCUACUUCAACCAGGUGCAUAUGGUAGAGAAUGGGGUAUUGUCAUUACCAACCCAGCAGGCAAGAUGGUAUGGGGUAGAUUCGGUCAAGCUCAAUCCAACCGUAUCGCUCUCAUUCCAGGUAGUUUCCUCGAUAUGUUGGAUCCAAACAAUUUCCAACUAAAGUCUGGUCAAUUCAUCACUAAUGGUAGAGACUACAUCUAUGUAUACCAAUCGGCUGCCAAUGUCAUGACCACCUACUACACCACUGAAAGUCCACACUCUGCAACUGUCAAAACUCACUGGCGUGAAGAUGUCACUACUGCCGCUUUUUCAACCAUCACAUACCGACUCUUUGAAAAUGGGGCUUGUGUGGCUGGACAAUAUGCCAAUGAACCUCAAAAUGUCUAUCUAGUCAAUUGUCUUGGUGGUGGUGGUAAUAACAAAAAUUAUCCAAAUUUAAGAUACUUCCAAAUUCCUCCACCAGCAUCACAUGAUUUACCAGCAGAAGAAAAUGCAAUAGUUUAUCGUACAGCUACUGGAUCUGUCAUUUGGGGUAUAUUCAACGUAGCCCGUCUAUAUGACAAUUAUUCAUUGUAUCCUUAUGAAUUGACCAAUGACUUUAUGGGUACUUCAUUCUUGUAUGCCUCAUUUACACCAACUCAGUACACCCUCACCAGUUUAAAGACAAACACUGUACUCAACAGAUCUCCAGUUGGAAAGAAGAGAUGUAGAAAGGGAUGGUUGGAGUCUAACCAUAUCUUUGAAGUUAUCUACUCUGAUAAUGCCAAUGAUUGUGCUCCAGGUGAAUGGGAUGGUCUUGUCUAUGGUCUCUCUAAACCAUUCAAGGGUAAUCGUUUCGUUCUAGUUGCUUCAAUGCCUGAAAUGGUCCUUGUCGAUAGUACUGGUCAAUACCUUGAAGGUACUUCUUAUUCAACUCUAUAA